AUGCUGCUGCUGUGGUUAACAACGUGUAGGGUUUUAAAUAACCCUUUUAAGUAAUUUAUUUCUUGUAGUUUCGUUGCUGAUCUGGGCUGUAGAAUCAGACAGGGCGGCUCAGGAAAUCAGUAAAGGCAACGUGAAUUUAGCGAAGGUGAGUUGAAAAUGAUCGUUUCCUCAGUAAAGAAGCAUUUUUUUUCAAAAAGAUUGAAUUCAAGAGCCUUUCAAGUGUUAUGUGCCUUUUUCAGCGAGGACUCUAGAAUAAAAUAUAUAAUUAUUAAGGAAAUUCAGGAUAUUUUUUUGUUUGAGGGGCAAUAUAACGAAGCUCUUCAACAUUAUCAUGAGGCGGUAGAAGCUGAUUCGACAAACGUGCAAGCCUUGUUCCGGCGUGGAACCACUCAGUUAUUUUUGGGUCGGCCUUCCCUGGCUAUCCGCGAUUUUGACGCCGUUCUCCGUUUGAAGCCUGACAUGAGCACUGUGAGUAGAAACCGUACAAAAAACUAUUUGUUUCCUAAGAAAAUGAUAUAAAAUUAAGGCAAGAACUCAACGAGGGAACGUUUUGUUCAAACAAGGGAAGUUGGAAGAAGCGAAGUUGGAUUUCAAAAAAGCUGUGAGCUUGAAAAAGUCCCCAUUACCGAAAAAAAUCCUGUGAAUUUGAGCUUGAGUCUGAAAAUUCGAACAAAGAAGCUUGGGAAGGCUUGGAAAAGGUGGAAAGCUACAGCGCGAUGAAAAAUAACUUGGAUGGGGACAGCUGUGAAGAAAAAUGCCCUUGAAUCGCUUUUUGGAAGUUUUUUUAUAAUAAUUAUAAUACUUUUUUGUAAAAAUCAAAUUUAGGUUAUGAUCUGGGACAGUUCACUUUAUCGAAUUCGAGCCAAAUGUUCACAGCAAAGAGGGGAUAUCCAUUCGGUUCGAAUAUGAGAAGGAAAAAUGCAUGACUUUUUUGAGGCUUUGAUGGACCUGAGGAAAGUCGCCAAGUUGGAUACGGACCAUGCGGAUGAUGUUCUCUACGAAAUGAGCCGAUUGCAUUAUGAAUCCGGCUCAGUUGAGCAGGCUUUACGGUCAUUUUUCAUCAUUUUAACUCAAGUUCCCAAAAGAUCUGUUUAAUUUUGUUUUAAAAUCCUAAGAGCAGUUUUUUCUGACCUGAAAUAACACCGAAAAUUUUUUUGAGCUUCUAAGAAUCUUUGAAAAACAUUCAGAAAGGUUUUUUGGACAGUUUUUAUAGUCUUGAACAGAACGGACACUGUUUGAACACAUAUUUCUUUUUAUACUGAAAAACAAUCAGAAAGCAGCUGAGAGUUAUCUAUUGUGAAACGUUAAAUUUUACAUGAUUUCGGACAUUUAUCUUAAAUUUGUUUAAUGCUUACUCCCGUUUUUUUUGAAGCGGAAACUUGGGCUUCUGGAGCUUUUUUUCACUAAAGUUUCGUUUUUGAAAAAGCCUUUCUGAAACUAGUAGAAUUUUUUUCCGUAAUCAAAAUAACUUUGGAAAAUAACUACUUUCUCUGUGGCUUUUCUGAAAACGACUGUGCUCCUCAUAAUAACCCAGAAAAGGUUCUUGAGAAAAUUUCUAUUUUCUCAAUUAUUUGCCAUAUUUUUUUCCAGAUCGAUUCGAGAUUGUUUGAAGUACAACCCCGAUCACAAGCUCGGUUAUCCAUUUUACAAGAAAUUGCGGAAAAUCGGCAAGAUUCGAGGUUUUUUUGAUGAUCCGUUGAUAUGAGGGCUGCCGAUUGAGAGUUCAAAUUUCGACUCUGUUCAUAUUUAGGAUCCUGAUUUUUUUUUGUUUUAUGUGGUUAGCAUAGGAAAGCUGUAGAUUAUCACAAGAAAACUUGAGAAAUCUAGGGAUUUUUGUGAAUAGCUUGGUUUCGAUUAAAAUUUUUCUUUUGAAAAAAAAAAGAAAUUGAUAUUUUUGGUGUUUUUAGUGAGAAAGUUGAGUUGCUCUCUUUGCUUUUUGUAGUUUUCGCUUUCUUUUGAUUGUAUUUCAGAAUCAACAAAUAUUUGUUUUUUUUUAUUUAUUCAGAAUUUCAAACAAAAAUGAUACAAUCGAUGGCGAUAAUAUGAAGACAAGCAAGAAUAGUACAAUUAAAGGCGAAGAUUCAGGGAAUAGAUGAAAAUAGAGGCAAGAAAAUAACACCGAAAGGAGCGAGGAGAAACGAGGGUGUUAUUUGAUUACCAGGAAUAAGAAAUCACAGAUGUGAAGACUUGAAAAAGAAUGAGAGGAUAGAAGGAAAAUUACUUGCGGAAAUCGUCCAGCGGCCAGGAACACGAAGGUCAAAGAGUUUAAGCAUCUGGCGAAGGUUGUUCAGUAGAAAAAACAGGAACUGGUGGCUUGGACAGGUCUGUAAUAAAAGUUUCAUCAGUAAAGUUUGAGAGAAACGGGAAACUAACCCAAAGAACGGCGGAACGGCUUCCGAAUAGGUGCCCACGUAAACUUCUCGACUUCUUCUGGCGUCAACUUGCUGCUUUUUGGGGACUUUGGAGCUUCCGUGGCCUCCUCCUGAGGUGGAGCAUCAGUAACGGCCUCGGCGGCUGCAGGAGCUCCUUCCGAAGUGCGCUUCUUUUUCGCCGGGCUAACGACUGAAAAAUCGAGACUUUUUCGGCAUCCAGUGUUGAGUGUGGUCUCUGCAAAUCGAAAAUGUUAUUGAUAGAUCACAUAAAAAAUAUAUAAAAAUGUAAAAAAAGUACAUGAUGUAAAAAUAUAAAAAAGAAACAAACCGAAAGAGUGACGGAUCUGCUUGCGAGCAGGAGCCUUCACGAGAGUAUCCUGACCCUGAGGAGCAGCUCCCGGACGGACUGGGGUACUGGGAGAGUUCAUCGUGUUGAGAUUCAGCGACGAAAUGUGGCCCAACUGCUGUUAGACGGUUAUUUAUAGAGGUCUCCGGCAGGGGGCUUGGCCGCUUGGGCCAACGAAACUCCGCCCCCACGCGGGCCUCCGAGGUGUUAGCUUGGGAACUGGAGUCGUAAAUUUCGCGCCUCAUUAGCAGACUUCAUAAAGAGGUGUCGAUUUCCGUCUCGAUUUCCUUUUUUGUAUCCGACUACUUUGCGGUUUUUACAACUUGGGACCUUGGCCCGGAGAAUUUUCACCCAAAUGUGUGAUUUCGAGUCGCACUCUUCUUUGUUCUAUCCGACAGCGUCUUUUGAACGAUUUUGUGAAUUGCCUGUAGCACGGAAAUAUAAUUUUCGAUACAUGAGUGUUUUUUUUCCUUGAUAUCAUAUUCGGUAACUGGUUAACUGUUCUAGAAUACGCCGAAAGUAUGUAACUAUUGAGAAAGGAAGGUAACUCAACUAUUUCUUCGAAGAGAGUCUUCGAAAUAAGCUUGUAACAUAUCCUACAAAUGUGAGAAACAGGGAAUGAAUUUUCCGGAGAUAUAUUCCGCGGAAUUAUUUUUUGACUCAAGUUAUUGUCUUACUUAAUUUAUCAAGAUUAAAUCCUCAAUCGAUAUCUUUCUACUACCGAAAAUACAAUGUUUUGUCGAAAAUUCCAAUUCAGAUGCGAUGAUUGCCAAGUCCGAAAACGAAGAAUGGAACGAAUGCGUCAAAAAAGCUGGAGAAAUAUUGAAAUCCGAUGUUUCUGAAGCGAUCCGGAUCGAUAUCAAUCGAUUCUCUUGCAAAUGCAACCGGGAGGUUUGUAUAGAAUAAAAAGGGCGAGGCAAAAAUUCAAAAAAAUUGUCAAGUAUACUGAAAAAGGGAAGAUCAAUAGGGAUUUUCAGUUGAUUUUUACGACUUCAGCUCAAGAGAAAAUGAAUAUUUGGGGGGUUUUUUUUGGGUUUUGAAGCUUUUUUUGACCCUUUCCGGUUUCGCCUAUGAGUACUGAAAAGAAUGUGUUUUUAGAACGGAGAUUUGGAACAAGCGAUUCAAGACUGCUCGAAAGUCAUCAACGACAAUCCGAACGACGUUGAUAUUCUGUGUGAACGCGCCGAAGCUCAUAUUCUCAACGACGAUUUGGAUUCAGGUGGAGACCUAUAAGAAUCCUUUUAGAAAAUCGUUAGAAAUUCUGUUUCAGCCGCUUUAAAAUGUCACACAUUUUCAGGUUUAUUUUUUCAGAAAGAUGGGAAAAAUCAGUUUUUCGUAGACAAGCACUCAAAUUUUAAUAUUGCUCAAAAAACUUCAUUUCUUUGAAGGAACAUAGAAGCGUUUUGGAAAGGGUUUCAAGGCGGAAAGCUAUUUUUGGCGGCAUUUUUAAUUUUAAUUUUUUUCUGCUCCGAGUAAAAAUUUCACAAGUCUUUGAAAUAUCACAACCGACUCUUUCAUUCUCUGUAUGUACUGGAAAAAUUUCUAGUAGCCACCUAAGCGAUUCCUCGAGAAGUACUUGGAGUGGACACUAAAGUGACCGCUAAAACCACCUCUACUUAGUGGCCUCUAUAGUUGCUUCGUGGUCAAUAUUACUACUCAAACCACUUAAGAGGCCACUUUUUAGGCUAGUUUUUGCCGCUUAAGUGUGCACUCAUCAAACUACUAUAGUGGCUACUUUAAAGGUUCCUCAAGGACUAAUUGGAGAGGGCACUAAAGCGGCUCUAAAAACAGCCUAUACAGAAGCCACUAUUUUGUGACUUAGUGGGCACUAUAGUAGUUUUAGUGGUUAAUAGAACUAAUCAGACUUCCAAAGAGGCCACUAAUUUUUAGUCGCUCAGUUGUUCACUAAUCCAACUUCUAUAGUGGUCACUUAAAUGUCAAAACCCUAAAGUGACCACUUAAAAUUGCCCCAGAUAAAUUUGAGCCCAUCUUACAGCCCUAAACGAUUUCACCGAAGCUUCAAACAUUGAUUCCGGUAAUUCUGCUGCUCGGAAAGGUAUCGAACGAGUCAAAUCUCUGAAGGAAAACGCUGGCAAAAGGGAUUAUUACAGGAUUUUGGGUGUUUCUAGGUGAUUUUUCGAGUUUCGAGACUUUUCCUUGAUUCAAAAAAAUCUAGAAGCGCGAAUAAAAGGACAAUCACCAAGGCUUACCGGAAAUUGGCACAGAAAUGGCAUCCCGAUUUGUUCACGGAUGAGAAGGAAAAACAAAAGGCCCAGAAAAAGUUUAUCGAUAUUGCGGCCGCCAAGGAAGUCCUCACAGAUGACGGUAACCCUUUGAGAAAUCGGGAAACUAUUGAUGGAAGUUAAGAAAAUAGCUUUGAAAAAAUAGGUGAAAUAGGAGAGUUCAGAAUUUUUAUUUAUGCUAUGAAAAUCGUUUCAAACUAGGAUCCUAGAAAGAACGGCGAAAUACAAUUUUUGCUCGAAAUUUCCAUGUUAAGGUCGCGUUUAUCUCGAGUUGAAGUAAAUCUAGCUUGAAUAUAUGACUUGCAAGUUGUUUUUUACAGAAAAAAGAAGCAAAUUUGAUAAUGGUAUCGAUCCGCUGGAUACCUCAAAUCAACAGGGCGGUGCCCAUCAUCAUGGGUAAUCGAAAUAAUUUUUUCUAGAAAAAUAAAAAUUUCCUCGUCAGAUUCCAAGGUUUCCGCGGAUUCCAAGGCUUCAACGACGGCCAAUAUCAGUUCUUCUUCCGCCAGUAG